AUGAUUGAGACAACGGGAAAGGUCGAAUAUAGCAAGUCGAAGACGAUUCCUUGUGAUGGCAGCAAUGAUGACGAUGAGGAGGAGGCUAGUAAUUAUCUGCCCCUGAAGCAUGAAAAGACGCUGGAAUUGGAAAAGGGGAAUGAGACGACUAACACCCUGGAUGAUAGGGAAAAGAAGUGCCAAGGAGAUGAACUGAACAUCUCCCUAAAGGGGGCCAAGUCGAAGGAUGUGAAGAGCGGGAAGAUCGAAAAUGACAUAAAUGCCGUGAAUUUCACGAAGGGCGACGCACCGGUAGAGUCCCCCCAAACGGGAACCUUUGAUGACGGCGCCAUGGAGGUAACCAGUGGAGGAGGCAUCCCUUUUGCUCAGAUAUCCAACGAGGGUAUGAAAAACACGUUGCAUGAAAAUGCCCCGACAUAUUCGAGUCAAGCAGAAAAAGCAGGACUUUGCCAAAAUUGGGACCACUUGGCCGAAGAUAAAGGCAACAUGUGCAUGGUCAGAAUGGACACCGAGGUUACGUGGAAUGGUAACAUGUACAACAGGAAUGUUGCCAGUACGAAGUAUUAUGAAAGCAUUGGGGGCAGCGACACAGGUGGCAGUGGGGAUAGCAGGGAUAACACAGAGAGUGGUUAUUCUAAGGGAUUAUCCUCCGUGCAGGGAAAAGAAGGCGAAGAUGGUGAUUCCCCCUACGGAGUUGACGCCGAUGGGAUGAAGAACCGCGUGGUAGAGGUGUCAAACGGGGCCCUAAACGAGGACACGUUUGUAACGGAAUACAGCAACAUGUCAGCAGAGGAAAAGAAGAUAUUCGCGAAAAUGAUAGAACAACAGACGAAGAAGAAUAGCAUUAAUGGUGUCCAUAAGAAUAGCGCAAAUGAAAGCGAGCCGUUCUGCAUGACGACGGGAGAUUUUUCCAUCCCGGGUAAGGACAACACGGAUUAUACCAAUGCGUAUGUGCAUGGAAUGACAGACAACGGAAGAGAAGUCGCGUCGUACAAUCAUGCCGAUGGUGGUGUGUGUGAAAGGGAAGACAUACCUAUCACCCCUUAUUCGCAUAGUAAGGACAACCAGACGGCAGCCACGAAUUAUUGCAUUGACGGUAUAGUCACUAACGGGGAAGGGCACCCACGCGAUGGUUCGAAGGAGAGUUUGGCGAACUAUCCCGGUACGCUGAUGGGAAAGAAGUGGAACAACGAUGUGGGAGGCGAUGCUCUGCAUGGAGGUGUGCAUCAUCCGCAGCCGCAGGAAAAGUGCAUCACGGAAGGCGUAGUCUACAUGGGGAUGCAAACGAGUGGAAGUAAGUCACAGCAGUACGAAUCGGAUAGUAAGGAUUCCCUCCCGUAUGUAAAGAAGGAAAAUUUAAACACGAUUGCAUCUCAUCAGGACAUUUUCAACGAUAUAGAAAAUGUGAAUGAUAGUACCACAGAAUGUUCCUCAUCCGUGAGGGACCUCCCCCAAUUGGUUGCUAGCCAUCCGGGAGUCUAUUCAGAUAGGGGAAGGGACAAGGAGGGGGUCGCCUUCACCUCGGGGCACCUUACCUCCUACACUGACGCUAACAGUUUGGAGAGUCAAAAUCCUCUCGCAGCAAAAGGUUCCCAUUCGGAAAAGGAAAGAGAGUUAAUUUGUGACAACUUGGCGUACAGCCCUGUGGUGGUGUGUAAUGCCGCUAAUGCGGCUAAUGCCACCAAUGCAGCUAAUAUCGCCAAUGCAGCCAAUAUCGCCAAUGCAGCUAAUACCGCCAAUGCCGCUAGUAUCGCUAACCCUGCUGAAGGGAAGGAGGGCGAAGGAAAUGCCUAUGCUGAGCUUGGUGGUGAGCCGAACAAAGGCGGGGGUGGUCGCUACUUGGCAGCAUGUCAUACUAAUAUAGCCCCUUACGCAUCAGCCGCGAGUGACAAGAAGGGACAGGGAGGUCCGAUUAGCAUCCAGGUUAGUUCUCCUGUUCGUGGUGUGACUAGCGGCACCAAUGUGAACAACGGGAGUCGAAAUUACAACACCAGCAAGAGGGACUCCCUCCAUGGAGAAGACCUCACCCCCAAUGAAGGACUCUACAAGAAGAAGAACGUCUACUCUGGGAAGAAGGCAGACAGGAUGGACAGAAAGAAUGAGACAAAAAAGAACGAGACCAUGCUGAAAAAAAGCCAAAUCCUUGAGUGUUCCAAAAAUGAAGAAUCUUUGGAGGAGUAUUUUAAGAGUACAAUUCCGGCGAAUCUCUUGAGGAACAUAAAAUAUGAGAAUCCUACGAGCACUUUUAGUGACAUGCUUAUCAACAAUGCUCAUCACGAUAUGAUUAGCGAAGUGAGGGGAAACAACCCGACGAACGCGUAUUAUGAAUCCGGGCACAGUAGGGACAUGGGGCAGAACAGAAACGCAGACGUGAUGAACAGCUCAGGAGCGGCGAUUCCGCGUGUAACGUCCGUUCCGGGUAUAGCGGCGGCUCCUGGCAUGUGUCUUAGAAGCAGGGGAGGGGUGGCGGUUGCUGCUGCUGGUGCACUUGCGGCGGGGGUGGGUGUAGGGGGGAUAGAUGCAUACCAUGAGCAAGAAGACAGAGGAGUGAAUGCCCGAGAAGACCUCCAGAUGGCGCGCAAGCAGAACAACGGUAGUUACAACUACAUGGGGAAUAAUAACUACAGUGGGAAUGGCUACAAUGGAAGUGGCUACAAUGGAAGCGGUUACAACGGAAGUAGCUACAAUGGGAGUGGAUACAAAACCUCCUAUAAUGCGGAAAAGGACUCCGGCAUGGUAAACAGAAGCACGAGAGUGUGCAAUGAACCGGAAUCGAAUUACGCGUCUGGGAAGAGGUACUACAUGUUGCCGCCCAAAAAAUGUGAUACCAUGAAGGAACAGAAGAAUCAGAUGCUGAUGAUUUCGAAGCAGAAAAUUAAGAAAAUCUGGAACAAGUUUAAGAGCGUCCCAUCUAAAGAGCAGAACCUGAUUCCGACGUUCGAGACUGAGCACAAUUUGUUCCCCAACAUGGAGGUUCUGCACGGCCUGAAAGUGCAGGCGCAGAUGGGGACUCAAAUGGGUAGGCAAGUCGGCACGCAAAUGGGCAGUCAGAUUAACCCGCAGAUUAACACGCAGAUGAAUGCGCAGAUAAACGCGCAGAUAAAUGCUCAGAUGAACACCCAGGUGACGCCGCAUAUGCACACGCAAGUAGGGGGACCGAUGCACAGCGAAUUCUACGGCGUGUCGGGUCCCUUCCAGACGUGCACCCAAGCGGUCGGAGGGGGUGUCGGCGUGGCGGGAGGAGGUCCCCUGAUGAGUCCUCUCAACUCAAUCAACUCAAUCAGCCCUGUGCACACUUUGAGUCCCUUCAAGGAGUGUAUAAGCAAGCCCAUACGUCGAGGCAGCAAUGUCAUCGAGAAACAGAUAAAGGCCAAGUGUAUAUUUAACUGGAAGCUGGCCCAGAAGUCCCUUCUCAAAAUGUUGCAUAGUGCACACAACUACCAUUUUAACGGAGUGGAAUACGCCAAUUGGCAGUUGACAUGCAUCCCGACGUUAGGUUUUUCCAAAUCGAGUAAUCGAGUGCAGCAGAUGUACAAGGCGAUGAUCCCCUCGAACGAUGCGAACAAUAAGACUGAGGUGAAGCUCUUCUUGAAGAAGGUCCCCAUAUACAUAUGGGUAAAGCAGUACAAUUUGAUGAGUGAAUACGAUGGAGAGUACGUAACCGAUGGGGAGAAUUUCGUCAUGGAGGCGACUUCUUUAGCUUUCCUGAAUGAGUAUCAUCCAGGGAUAACCCCUAAAUUGCAUGGAAUUUUGUAUGAGCCGGAUGGGAAGCAACCAAAUGAGUAUACUCUCCCACCCAAGUCCAUGUUUAACAGUUUAGCCUUAUUUAAUGAUAUUCUAACGGAGCGAUUAAAAUGCAACAUAAGCGGGAACAUCGUCAUCGUCUCCGAAUUCUUCAGUGAAGACAUCCUUGACUUUAUCGAUCGAAGACAGAAGAAGUUAAAUAUGAAAAUCAAUAACAAUGAGAAGAGCUACAUUCUAUACCAGUGUCUGAAGUUACUAAUAAGAUUACACGAUGCAGGUUUGUCUCACUUGGAUCUGACCCCCGAGAAUAUCUUAAUUUCAGACACCUACGAGAUGCGACUUUGUGACCUAUCAAAGAGUACUCCAAUAUAUACAUACAAUUUGAGACACAUAAAGGAUGUGAAUCGGCUCUAUCUUUUUGAAUCGUGUGAACCUACCAUUGCCAAGGGAGCUUACAUGCCACCCGAGUGCUGGAAGAUUUAUUGGAAAUAUGACACGAUGAAGAUUAAGAACCCGCUGAAGGAUCUGAAGAACAUCACCGAUCAGGAGAAGCGGAAGCAGUUUUACUUUGACGUGUCUAGUGCGGACAAGUUUAUGUUGGGUGUCUUCUUUUUCUGGAUAUGGACAAAUGGGAACCUGUGGAAAUGCUCCGACCCUCUGCAGGACGAGGACUUCUUCUACUUUGUCAAGUGCGACAUGAACUUUGACAAAUUCGAGUUGACUCGCAAGUGGCCGAGCGAUUUGAAGAACAUCAUCAAGCAACUGCUACACAUGGAGCACAGGAAGAAGCUGAACCUGAAGGACCUGAGCAUGCACCCCUGGUGGUCCUGCAAGCUGCAGUGA